AUGGCGCUUACCGUCCCUAAAACCUUACUGAUCUUGCUGUCCCUAGCCGGCUUCUGGACGCUUUGGGGCUUUCCGUAUCAAAAUGGACUGCUCAAGAUCCUGGGCCAGCAAUCACAGCCCGGCGCCGUCAUCCCUGGUCCAACUUCAGCUCCGAUGAAGCAGACUUACACGGGCAUUGGUCCGAUCGAUAAGCAAUUGACGACCCUGGUCAGCUUCUUCUACACAGCCAUUGAUGGCAAUCGAGCAGACGUGUCCCUGUCUUUCCUCUACCUUGGAGGCCAGGUCCUUGCCUCUUGGGUCUUGAUUAUGGUGGAGGGACUUAGAAAUGGCAAUCAAGGCAAAUUCCUGCUCACCGCGACCACAUUGCUUGGCAUUGGUGUCGCCAUUGUAGGCUAUGCCUGCGUCGCACCCUUGUGGUUUGCUCUGCACCUGUGGACGUCACCUACAAUAGUGAACCCCAAGGACUAUCAGCUUGAUGUCGAUGUCCCAAUCCAAAUCGCCAUUGCACCCAUCAGCAUCCUUGUCGGAUUUGGGCUUCCAUCCCUGCUGAUGUGCCUCCCAGCCCCUACUGUGGUUUCAUUUGAGACGAAGCAGACGUGGACCGGUAUUCAGCAAGGCUGGUCCAUCUGGAUUGGGCUGACCCAACUUAUCUUGACCACGCUGGCCCAGCGUAUUGAUCAACGGGCCUCUAUCUUGACCGAGAACGAUAAGCGUUUGAAGAGCGCCCAGUAUCUCCGACUGGCAUACGCGUUUGCAAUCAUGUCAUCGGCUGGAUCCCACCUAGCGGCGCUGAGCUUGUCCACACUGGCUUAUCUGUUUCCCGUCCUGUUUAGCUCCACCUACCUCCCGCAGCUUCAGCCCGCCAGGAUUUUUGUUCCUGUCGUCCCAUUUGGACAGCCACAGGUCAAGACUCUGGCCGACGGAGCAUUGUGGUUUCUUCAAUGGGACAUUGUCGUCGGGGUCUCCGCCUCGCUUCUGUGGGGUUUGACAGUGCGAGAUGCGAGCAAACACGGGAAGGCCACCAUCGGUCAGACCUUGCUCGGAGUGGUCAAAGCCAUUCUUUUGGCAGGGUUGCUCGGUCCGUGUGGUGCUGCUGCUGUAGCCAUCUGGACACGUGAUGAACUCGUCUUGGGGCGAUCCAAUGCUGAGGGCAAGAAAGACAAAAGGACCUGA